AUGGGCUGUUGUGCCAGUGCUGCCAAUGAAAUCUCUAUCCCUGAAAAUAAUAAUCCCAGAGCAUAACUCAAAAAAUAGAAAUAACAGAUACAGAAGAAUAAUGAUCAAUUUGAUUCAGAAUAGCAAAUCAUAAAUGAAAAUUAAAAGCAAGUUCAAAUAGAUUAGCAAAAUUCUAAUACUUAUGUUCCCCAGUAAUUAUUGCAUAAGACAAGUUUAUCAAUGUAGAAAUUACUAAAUAAACAUUCUAGUCCGCAGAGUCAAUAAAAAUCGGUGUAGGAAGAGGAAUUGAACAUGUCGAAACAGCAAAAUGAAGACUAAGUUUCUGAUUAAGAUGAUUUCGAUGAUUCAAAUUCAAGUAAAAUUACUUUUGAUCAUUUAGAGCCUGAAAUAACCUCAAUCGCGAUUAGAUAGUUCUUAAAAAGAAUGAGAUCACUUAAAAAAUAAUUUCCAUAAUGUUCUAUUGAUUAGAUGAAUAUCGUUGUAGAAGUAGAAGAAUAAAUUUACUCCAAAAAGUUAAAAUUAGACUCCUUGAAUGAAAUUUGCUUAAAACACAAUAAAUCUUUAAUAGAUAUCUUAUCCUUAAUAAAUCAACAUAACUUUUAUCUUAUUGAAUUAAUCCUCCUUUACGUCGAUGAUUAUGAGAUCAUCGAACAUGUCCUACUCAAUCACUCUCUGCCAAAUAAGUAGAUGUAAUAAGCCACUGCUAUUCGACUCAUUAACAAAAUGAAGCCCUUGUUUAAGAGCAAAGAGAAAAUAGAAUAAACUAUAAAAUUCAUCUAAUCAAUAUUCUAUUCAGAGGAAAUUGUUCGCGUUUUAAAUCAGUUGUAAUUUAUCAAUAUUGAUUCAUAUAAAGAAAUGAAGGAUUAUACCUAAAUGAAACUAUUUGGAUUGAUUAGUAAGCUCAUUUUAUAAAGUGAAAUUUUCAAGUCAUUAAAUUGUUAUUAUAAGACAUAUAAGGAGGCUAAAACGAAUUAUCAAUUUCAAAAUUUAAUCGUACCAAAAUCCAUACCAUUAGGAUAAAGUACUGUCACACGUGUGGAUAAGGCUGUUUUGAUCCACCUACAGUUUAACAUCUUCCAUUAAGUUGCACUCAAACAAAAAUGGGAUUUAUUCUUGCAAUAUUCCAAUGACUAUUAUUUGUCACCAAAUAUUUCAUAAGUCACUCCCAUGAUGAUGCUGUUUUAAAAUGCCCCAUUUCAUAUCAUAAAUGAAUAUAUCACCCUCUAUCCAUACUAUGUUGAAAAAUCAUUGCAUUUUUCAACAAAACAGGGCAAAAAUUUAAUCCACUGUUUUUGUUUAAAUAAAUCCCCAAGAACUAAUACUGAAAUCUAAUCCAUUAUUGAUAGACUGAAUGAAUAUUAGGAUUUGUUAAAAUCAUUAUUAGUCUAACCCUAUAAUGAAUAGAUUCCUUUAGUCACAUACUUGGAUGCCUAGAAAGAACCUUAGGAUUUUAUCAUUUUAUUCUUAAGCUAGCAUUUAUAAAAGGAAUUUGAUUUCUACCAUAUCUACCUAGAGGUCUUAAAUUCAGCAGCUGAAAGAAAUCAGUUAGAGUGGAGGAAACAAAGAAUAAAUCCAAGUACAAAAUAUUUUUAUUCAAUCCAAAAUAACAAAACUCCAAAGAGAUUGAGAAUCAAAUAAUAUGAAGAACAGAAUUAUGAUAAAUUUGAUAUAAUUUAUUUUCAGUACAUUUAAGUUGCAAAGCAAUUAAUAAAACAUAAAUUCAAAAUAAAUUUAAAUUGGAUUACUAAUUUUGAUGUGCACUCCACUCAUUAUCCAUAUGAAUUCAGUGGCAUUGUGAGACCAUUGCUCAUUUAAUUAGUUUAACUCAAUUAGUUUGAUUUAAUCAACCAAUAAGUUGAACUACUAAGACCCUAUUAUAAAUAACAAUUCGAGAAUGAUAAUGAAAUCAACAUUUAAUCACAAUUCAUAUCCAAAUUGAUCUAAAUACUCAAAUAAACAUAAGAUAGAUCUCAAUUAACUCCUAUAAUUGAAGUUAUCAAAGAAUCAAUAGACUUAAAUCCUUAAUUGCUAAAAGUCCCUUUACACGGAUACUUAGAAGCAAGUUCAAAAUGUAGGUUGUAUUGCUUUGAUUGUAUUUAUAACCAACUUAUAGAUUUGAAUGAUAAAUCGUUUGAUUAAUGCUAUAAAGCGUAAUAAUUAUAGUAAAAUGAACUAGAAUGCUUACAUAUUAUUAGAAAACUCUUUCUAAACAAUAAACUGUUAUCAGUAGAUGAUCAAUUCAUUAAUUCAAUUUAUGCGAAUAUCACUUUUGUAGCUAAUUUUCAAACAGAGGAUGACCCUUCAUAUAGAAAGGGAAGGAAAAAUUAACCUAGCGAAACAGAUCCAAAAAGAGUUGUUUUAGUGUUGUAUGCAUUUAAGGCUACAAAUUGUUAAACGUAUAACUUUAAGGAAUUUAUUUAGUUCUUGAAAAAAAAGGAGUUUGAAUAUACAGCAAAGAAACAAAAGUUGUUUGAUGAAAUAUGUAAUUUAUAUUAAGAAAAGGAAGCCUAAUUGUUAAUUAAACUAAACUUCAAUGAUAAUUUUGGUAAGUUCCCAUCAGGUUUGCAUUUAUUGAAUGACUACUUUGAAAUCAGUAAUAAUCCUAUACCUUGGAGUUCUUCACUCUUCAUUCAUGCAAAUUAGAUUAAAUCCAACUUUUCUUUUAUUGUAAAAGAAGAUGAAACAAUAAACUUUACAAUUUUUAACAUUCAGCGAGAUCAAUUUGAAAAAUACUAUGAUUGGUCAUUGUCUGGAUUAAGCCCAAAUUUAGUGGUGUAUCCUAAGGAAUAUCCUGUGGCUUAGAACUACAAAGAAAAGGCUGUUUUCUAUGCAUUGUAAAACCACAAGCCCUUUGCUGUAUCAUUGAUAACAAUAAAAGAAUGUUUGGAGGACUUAGUGUAAUCAUAUCUACCCAGAAUUAAAAAGUUCUUAAUUCACAAAUUAUCCUUAAAACAUAUAAUACAGAAUAAAGCCUUUGAGAAUUUAUAUCAUUUCGUUACAAGGUGUGAUAUUAGCUUCGACACCUUAGCUUCUAUUUUGGCUCAUGAAUAUUUCCCUACAGGUAAUUGUUGUAAGUAAAAUGAUGAGGAAGUUGAGAAAUUUAAUGCAGAUUUAAUUAAAUUAUUCGAAAAUGUAAAUUAUUAAGAUUAAGCAGCUUUUAAUUUAAGGAGAGAUGAAAUUUGCUUCCUAUUUUCAUUCAUAAAUAUCGAGGCUUUUGGUUUGAUUAAACCAAAUUUAGAAUAUUAAAUGAAAAAUGGUCAUUUGAGAGACAUUAUACUAUCCUGCAGAUCCAAGGAAGUGAAAGUUGAAUUGAUAAAAAAUAUGCCUGAUGAUCAAUUAGAAUUUUAUGGGGCUUCUUUAAUAAGGAUAUGUUAAAAAGAUAAUGAACUGAUGACUCAUCAAUUAUAAAGAGUUCAAGGAGCUGUAUUAGAAAAAGAGACCCUGAUUUUUAUGAAGGUGUUAUCUCUGGUGGCAUUUGAUCAGAGACAACCUCAAAAUUGCAAUAUCAUAAUAGAGUUACUUAAACAAGAAGGAUUGAAAGAUCGGAUAAAAUUAAUAUAGAAUUUAUAUGCAAAGGCUUAUUUGAAUAAAGACGAGGAAUAUUUAAAUUAUUUAUUGGGAUUUUUGGAGCAGGAUGCUAAGAAAAAUAAAAGGAAGAUGAAUUUCAUGUUAGGUAGUCAGUUUAGUGUAGAUGAUGAAUAUAUUAAUUAUUUUUUGGCUUUAAAACAUAAACCAUGUUUUGCAUUGAACUGUUAAUAAUAUAAGAGGUAUCUGAUUUAGAACAAGUUCAAUAUUAAGAAAUUAUACAAUGAUUAUUUAUUAUGUUUAAGGGAGGGAUUAAAUGAGAAGAUCGAAAUAUUGAAUGAGUUGAUUGGUUCAUUUGACAAUAUUCAAAACAAGGAGACUUUCUGUAAGGUUCUUGCAACAAUCUUAAUAGAAGCUAAGAUUUAGCCCUAUAAUGAAUCCUUAUUGGAUCACCAGUAAGAUUUUCUAAAAGCGUACCUUUAGUAAAUGAAUAAAAUGGAGAGAUAUUAGUAUUUCAGUUCGACUCAUCCUUAUACUUUGGAACGGAAACAAUUAAAAUAAAAGAACUCAAUUGCAUCCAUCACUAAAAGAGCUCAGGAAUAGUUUGAUAAUUCUCAGAAGGUUAUUAAUCAUCAAUAAAAAAAGCAAGAAUACAUUAAUAAUUUAGAAUCCUAAUUGAUGUAUGAGUAAGAUAGAGCAUAUUCAAAGUAGAACCAAAAUUAUUCUUGUUUGUUUUCAUCUAGUAUUAAUUCACAAUCAUAAAAUUAUGAGAAGUGUUUUGAGAUUGUUUAGAAGUGGGCCAAUUAAAAGAAUCUGAUUUAAUUAUCUCCAUUUUAUGAAAGAAUGUAUGCCCUUCGAUAUCCAAAUAAACAAUAGGUUCAUUAAAAAGAAGUAUUAGUAGAAAUAUUAAUCAAAUACUUUUUACUGAAAAAGAAUGGACCCAAAAUCUUAGAUUACAGAUCAAAAGAAUACAUCGAAUUACUGAAAGUCAAUUGUACAAGCUCUCUUAAUAAAUAUAUACUUGACAACUUUAGAAAUAUACGACCUAAAAUGCUGGAACUAUUUGUGUCUGAGUUCAUAUGUGAGGAUAGGAAAUACGAUCCCAGUCACGAGGAUUUAGAUUACAUUAUGAUGACUAUGAAAUAUCAGAAUAUUAAAUUGGUACCUAUUAUGAGAAAGAAGUAUAAAGGAUUAUCUACAAUCAAAUUCAAUUCAGCCACAUUAUUUUAUGCAAAAAAUGAAGUUAAUAUUUUACCUGAAAAGAAUUAUGACGUUUACACUCACAUCUUCGAAUUAAGGAUGGAAUUCUUCAGGAAAUUCAUCAGUGGAGUUUCUAAUAUAAAUAAUCUGACUUCAAAUUAGGUUUUCUUGUUUUAUGGUAAACACAAUCACAUCCUGUAGAAACCAAAAUUCAGUUAUAAAAACUUGGUUCUUGCUCUUUAUAGUGGGAAUAUUGAAACAAUAAAUUACAUAAUAUCACUUCAUUAAAAUCCCAAUCUGCUCGUCUAUGAAUAGAACAUUUUCUAAUUGAUCAUCUAUGGAAAUUAUAAUGACAACGAGAUUAUAAAAUUCUACAAUCAUUACAUUAAGGAUGAAGUCAAAUAAACAAACAGAAUUUUCGUACUUGAUAAUCAACCGAUUCUGUAUUACUUAAUGCUAAUGAAGAGACAACGGUUGUUUGAAGAAAUAUACUUACCAUUUAUGAUUCAAAUUCAUGGGGAAAAUAAGGCUAUCAAGAUUCUCAAUAAAGAAUUAUUAAUUAAUUAUGUGGAGCAGCAAGAUAAGAGUGAAGUAGGGUUUUAGUCAGAAGGAGAUAAUUUUGAGACGGAUAUCUUAAGUCUGGCAUUGAUGAGAAAAAACUAUUUUAUUUUGAAUUAUUGUUCAAGUAUCAUCAAUCAUGUUCAUUUAAAGUCCAUUUUACAUUUUGAUAUUAAUUACUUUUAAUCAAUCUAACCUUAAAUUAAUAACACUCCCUUUUCCAAAUUCAUUUAGUUGUACUAAAAGUAUCUCCCUUUAUGUUGUACCUUGUUAGAAUUCAAGUAAAAUGAAAAUAUUAGACAAGCAUAAAUAUAAUAACUCAUCUAAUAUGAGUAAGCUUGCAUGAAUUAGAUUUUUAAUUUGGAUAAAAUUUACUAUUUCAAUAAUAAAUUAUUGACCAUCCAUAUGGGAUUGAACAAAUGGAAUAUGCUAGGCAACUACUAAUUCAAUCCUAUUCUGUUGCAAUAAUACCUAGAGGAAUAUAGACAAAAUGAUGGAUCCUAUAAUUUGAAUUAGGAACAAUGUAGGAUGAUUCUUGAAUAAUGCUAGAAAUAUACAACAUUUCAGAAUCCAAUCUACGAUAAACUUGCUGCUAUUUAUCCUAAAUUAUUCAUUGAAGUUGCGGAUCCAGUAUUUUUUACUAUAUCAACAGUGAUUGUUGUGAAUCAUGCUUUAUACCAAACUCCUGAAUUAAUUAAUUAUAUUUAAUUUCAUUAGGAUUAAUACCUGAAGUCAAUUUUUCAAUAAAAAGAAUAACAAGAAAAUUUUAACCGAGAUAGUUUCUCGCUAUCAUUUGAGUAAUUAUCUUAUAGUGAUGAAGAUUAAGAAAAGCAUGAUUUACCAGAUAGAAAUGAGUUCGAAUAAGCAACAAAUAAAGAUGAGUUGGAAGUAGCAGCAAAUAAAAAAGUGUUAGAAGCAGCAACAAGUAAAAAUGAGUUGAAAGUAGCAACAAAUAAAAAUGAAUAAAAAAUAGCAACAAAUAAAAAUAAGAUGCCCUAAAAAAUUGCUUAUGCCUUUUAUUUAUUGUUGUGCAUCUAAUAGGAUCAAUAUUAACAAUUGGUCAUCAUAAAGGAAAAACAUUUAGUCAUCAUUAAGGAAGUCUACUUAAAUCUAUUAAAAUUUGAUUAAAAGAUCUAAAAGAAAUUAUAAUUUUUAACUGAAAAUAGUAAGAUCUUCUUGUUUUCUUUAUUAAAUCAAAAUUAUAAAUUUAAGGACACUUCCUAUUUCGAAUAGAUUUUAGAAAAGCAGAACUCAAAGGAAUUAGCCAUUUUAAAGGGAAUUAUGUAUAUUUAAUAGAUAAAUGAAAUCAUUAAUGGGUUUAUCAACCGAUUGAGCCAGGAGAUUACAACAAUGACUAAUUUUAAGAAAAACGUGCUUCUUGUCUUUGGAUAAGAGUAGAUAACUUAUGAAUAAGAGGGAUUCACUAUCCCGCUUUAAUUCGAAGAUGAUUCAUUUUAUUUAUCCGAAGCCAAUAUUUCUAAGGCUAUCCCACAGUUAAAGAUGGCAAAUUAUUAAAUGAACAUAGAGGUUGAAUUAACACAAUAUCACGAAAUCUAGGAGAAUUGGAAGAACUUUGAUUUCAGUUCAAUCACAACAGUAGAUUUUCAUGAAAUCAUUAUCAAUUCAAAGGAGAAUGUGUUAGAAAAGUGUUUGUUCUUCAAGAAUCUGAUGGAAUAGGAGUUUGAUAAAGUGGGUAUUUAUUAAAUAGAUGAUGUGUUUGCUCCUCAUUAACAUGAAUAGAUCAGGUAGACUGAUACGCAACUAUUUCAAUCUCAGGGUCAGCCUCCUUCUUUAAUUCAUUAGAGCCAUAGCCAAAUGGGAGUAUCUUCAUAAGGCACUCAGUUGCAGAGGUAAUCAACCAUAAACCAAUAACAAAUAAUGAAGGAAGAUUUCCAAUUUAUGUUUGAGUUGUUACCUGACAAUACCUAUUAGGUGAGAUAAAAGAAGAAAUACAAAAAUUAAAAAGAAUUGAUAUUUGCUGAAUUUUAUCAUUUCAUUCAACCUUAAGUAGUCAUUAAUUUGCUAAAACUAUCAGAAGAGGAAUUCAUUAAUAAAUACAAUGGGAAUACUGUAAUUUCAAUGAUAAUCUAAGAUUUCUAUAGAUAUAAUGAAUUUAUCAGUAGUGUGAUUGAGUAGAAACAAUAGCAAGUGUGGAAAUUGGAAUUUCCAUUUUAUAUUAAAAACUAACACUUUGUGUAUUAGGAUUAAUUGUUUUCAACAUACAAUAUUUAGAUGAUAUUUACAAAACUGGUUACAUUCAUAGAAAAGGUGAAGUAAUUGCUGGGUAGAAGUGAAGAUCAGAGCAAAUUGGUCUGGAGAAUAAAUACAAUAUCAUUUUUAGAAGUCAUUGUGAGUAAAUUAGUUGAAAUGUAAUAAGUAACAAAUAAAGUGAUUAAUGUAUAUUCAAUAAUUGAAUCGGUAUUCAGUUGGGACACCUUGAUUAUGAUUUUACACUAGUUGCUUUACCAUAAUUUGAUAAAAGCAUAGCAGGUUUUAAAAGUGAUCAGAGGGGUUUAUGUUGAAUUCAAUGAAUAGUAAGGGAUUGAAUUUAUACAGAAUAAAUAAAAGAAAGGAUUAGAUAGAAUCUUCUAAUUUGGUAAUACUACUUAUCUUCUUUACAAUCAUAUCUUGAUCAUCAGGUUGAAUAUUGGGAUAUGCAAUUAAAGUGAACAAAUCAUACAAUAAGACAAAUAAGUUGCUUAGAAUCAAUAAAUUAGUAGAAUUGUAUUUAAGCCAGAUCCAAUUAUAUAGGAAUAUUUCCACAGCAUCAUAAAUGAAUAUGAUUUCUACAAUUAAAUAUUCAACCCUGAAUAACUUGUGUAAUACUUAUUCAAUAAAUUGGACAUUGAUCGACAUUUGCUGAAUUAUUCAAAUUAAUUGAGUAAGAUUCUAAAUAAGACUAUUACCUUAUCAGUUGAUCACUAAUCUUUAGCUUCAAUCUUUUCAAGUGAAAUCUAAAAGAUCUGCCAGAAUAAGAAUAGCAAAAGCAGAUUAAAGGAGAUGGAACAAAUCUGGUAUAUCUUAUUAAAAUUGAAUAAAUAUUUUAAAGAGGAAUUGUACAAUUAUAUACUCAAAUAAAUUAAAGCUGAAAGAUUUGAUGAAAUGUUUAAUAUUAGAUUAUCAUGUUUGUUAUCUGCUUUGAGAUAGAAUUAACCAUUAACGAACAUAAUAGUAUCAAAUACUAGAUAAUUACAAUUAAAAUAGAAAUCUAAGAUUUUAUAGAGAUUAUGCUCGGUCACAUAAAAGAGUGAUAUCAAAUUAUCGUAUCAUUUUGGAUUUUAGAUAUCUAAAAACUAUUAUGUAAACAAUAGUAAAUUAGGAGAUGUUUGUAUGAUAGUUUAUUGUGAGAAUCAGAAAAACAACUUGGUGUCAUGUUAAUUAGUGUAUAAUUCUAAGCCUGGACACUUUUUAUUUUCUUAAUUGGAUUACAUGAGUGAAGUUCUCUUAACACAUGAUAGAAUAACUAGAAAUCAAGCACAUUAUUCUGGAUAUACAUAUUCGCAUCAUGAACUCCUUUACGUUUAAAUCGAAGACUUAGUAUCAAUAGUAUUAUUUCAGCCUAUUUGGCCAUCUGAUCCUAUUUUUAAUUAAUCAAUCUUAAAUGUAUUUUUCACUGAUCAAGAUGGAAAUAUAUCAAAAUGCAAUGAACCUAAAUUCGUGUCUCUAAUGAGUUAAAUUUAAUGCGAAUAAGACGAAUUCAAUAAAUAAGACAUGCUUGAUAAUCUCUUUGGAAAUGGUCUCGUUUCUUCCUACAAUGAUUUAAGCUUAACUUAAUUGACUCCAAUUUUCCCUGAUUAAAUCAAUUUCGAUUUUGCUGCCAUCCAUCAAUUUAAGAAAUAGCAAUCUUUAGUUUAAGGUCAAACUGUCUAUAUACGUAUCUUUGGAGACAAGUUCAAAUUUGAUUAGAUUGAAAUUGCAUCUGUAAGUAUGGCCUGUCACUUUGAAACCAAUGUAGUCGCUCAGUAGUUAUAAAAAAACCUAAUCAAAUUCCUUAAUGAACACACUGAAUUGGCAAACAUCUUUCUACAUUUUGAUGAUUAAUUGAAUUAAAAUCCCAAUUACCAUUUAGAUUGUCUCCUUGUUGGAGGAACAAUAUUCGAAUCCUUUUAAUAUGGUUACUAAACAUUCAAAGAUGGUUACUCAUAUCCAAAGUUGAAUAAUUCAUUACAGUACCUAUUUGACAUCUAAUCAAUUCAGAGUAUCAAAAUCAAUUUCAUAAAAACAUUUAUCGAAAAGGUUGAAUUUAUUUUUGAAAAAAGCAUUGAAACUCAAAAAUAACUAAUUCAAUAUGAAAAUAGGACUCUAAAAUUCUAUACUCUGAUUGAUAGUAAGGAAAAUAUACAAGUGCCAGAUUCAGAUCAGAUUGCAUAGUUUCUAUUUAAUUUAAUUUUGAAAUUCUAGAUCAAUAAGAUGGACUCCUAUUUUACCUAUGAAAAUUUACACAUAGUAGAAGUUGGAGAUAUUUAAGUAGAAAGCAUUAAGACAGUGGUUGAUAUAAUAUUAUUGGCCAAGUAUUUGUUUAAGUUAUUGACAUUGAUUAAUCCAAAUAUUAAAUUAAAGGUAUCCAUUUUGGCAUAGAAAGAAAUAAAGACUGAAUUUAAGAACACAAUCUAUUAAUUUAUUUAGGAUGGCUCUCAUUUAAUAAUUAAUUAUGAAACCUUCGCCGAUUUCAACAUCUGUGAUUUCUUUUUAGAUUACUUGAACAAAAAUCAAUUUUACAUUAAUAAUAGAUAUAACGACAAGAUCAAAUUUGAAAAACCAGAGAUUAUUCUAGAAAGUUUAGUACUUAAACCUCGAAAACUAUUAAGUGGAAUAGAUGACAAAUCUCAAAUUGAAAUAUUGGUAUUUAAUUUAGACCAGGGGAGAAUCUAAGGCUUAGAAGUUCUUAAUCCAUAAUAGUUUAACUCAAUUUACCUUAUCUUUAAGGUAGAUGGAAUUCAUCUUAAAUUCUAAACCUUGAAAAGUUGCACUUCAAAAUCAUUACCUGGUUAUUUCUCCUAAAACACAUACUAAUAAAAUAUUUGCAAUCCUCUCUAUUUAAUGAUAUUCGAUGUUGAAUCUAAUAAGCCUUUAGAACCUCAAUUAAGCAAGAUAGAUAUAUCAUAGACGAAAUAAAAGAACACAAAUCUAUCCAAUUUGAUAAAAAAGGAAAAAAAGAAAGGACAACUUUAGGUUUCCUACAAAUUUAUAACAAAUCGAGUGUUGAUGCUGGAAUUUCUUAGUGAUAAAGUGCUAAAAAUGUAAUUGAAAGCUCUGCCUCCACAUACACUAUCGAUGGUCCAAGAUCAAUUAGGAUCUCAGAUAACAUUUGAAUACACUACUUAAAACACAUAGGAUUUAAGCAAAACAACACACAAGCAAGUUACCAUAGAAAAUAAAGUUAAGUUAGUUGAAGUUGAAUAAGAAGAGCAAGUAGCUUUUGGAAUUGGGGAAGCAAAAAUGAUGAAACUAUUGUUGAAGAAGUCAAAUUAAAAGAUGGAUGAGGUACUAUUCCAUAAGGAAUGUGAACCUAUUACUCACUCUAAAGAUUUGCAAUUGAGCAAUACAAUAAAUAUGUUAAGUAAAUAAGAACUUGGAGUGGCAUCGAGAGCUGGACAGGAAAGAAUCGAUUACAUUGAGUUUAAAGAUAGUCUGGGGAAUCGUAUAAAUAAUUUCUCAUACUCUACUAUCGUAUUUGUGCAUUCCUUAUUCAAUUAAAUUCAAUACAUUCCAAAAUAAGAGCAGGGAGGAUCUGGCUUAAAUUUAAUUUGGACUCCAAUUUUUAAAGGAGUCUAUAAAUUGUACAUUGAUGAUGUCAGAAUCAAAGGGAGAUAUGUUAUAUUGGCCAACAUGCCUAAUCUCUAGGAGAGUGAAAUUGAGAUCCCUUAAGAAUUACAAACAAUACCAUUUUACGAAGAUAUUCCUUUUACUUUUUAGUUAAGAGAUUCUUAUUCAAAUAUCUAUGGAGAUAUUGAGUACGACAUUUACUUGGAUUGUAAAUGUGAAAUUACUUGUAAUGAAGGAGUUACAUUGUAAGUUAAUUUUCAAAAUUUGACUAAAAGUGGAUUUAUGAAUGCAAAAGCUCAUUUCUCUCCUGACGAUGCAUAAGCAGAUGAACGAGAGACCGAAAUAAAGAUUUUGAUUAACUAUCAAGUUAAAAAAGUUCUACCCAUUAAGAUCUCAGGAGUUUGUUUAGAAAAAAGAAGAAAGAAAUUCGAAGCAGAACUAGAAAAAAGUUUUAAAAGAACUGACUACUCUCUAGUGAUUAGAAGAUUGAGUUUCUUAAAGGAUUUAUUAGUUCUGGCCGAUAAGAAGAUGAAUUAUAAUUUCACUAUUAAGUUUUAAGAUGAACCUGGUAUUGAUGCUGGAGGACUCAAGAGAGAAUUUUAUGAUAUGGUUGGCAACACUCUUAAAGAUGACACUUACAAGUUCUUUCAGCCUGUUCAAGGUAAUUUGGGGAAGUAUUUUCUGCAUAGCAAUUUUAACAAAAUAAAAAAUAAAAAAGAAUAUGCUUUAUUAUUUGGCAAGUUAAUUGCCAAUGCAAUAGCUAAUGGCUACUUAAUUGGAAUUGAUAUUAUAAGUCCGUUUUGGAAGGUUGUUUAUGAUGAAAAGAUUGUGUUUGAAGAUCUAGUCUUAAUUUGGGAUAAAUAAACUUAUUCGAACUAUGCUAAUCUUAAAAGCAUGAGUCCUGAGACAAUAGAAUCUCUCUAUUUGGAUUUCACUUAUUAAAUAGGCAAUUCUACUAUUGAUUUGAUACCAAAUGGAUCUGUCAUGCCUGUGACUUCAAAUAAUGUUCAUUAGUAUUUAGACAAAACUGCAGAAUAUAUUAUUUAUAAAUAAUUCCAAGAAAUUUAUAAAUCAUUUAUCGAAGGAUUUAGGACUGUAAUUUUCUAAAAGUGGUUGAAGCCCUUUGAAAUAUCAUUGCUCACUUAAGGAUUACUUGAGAUUAAGCCUGAUGUUGUAUUACAAAAAAUACAAUAUUCUGGUGGAAAGGCAAAUCACAAAUCUUACUUUGAAACGUAUAUCAACCAAGCCGACCCAUAAACGCUGAAGAACAUGUUAAAAUUCAUUACUGGUUCCUCUACUAUUCCAUUUGAUUAGGGUUCAUAUAUAAUAUCAGUUGAAUUCAAGAGUAAUUUGGAUAUUCGUAAAUUGCCCUUAGCUCAUACUUGCUUUAAAUCGAUUGAAGUUCCACUAUAUGCAAACUAUGGCUAAAUGAAAUAAAAAUUAGAUAUUGCCUUUACUAUUGGUUUGGAAGGAUAUGGAUUUGGUUGA